UCGAUCGUGUUCCUCCACAAUUGAUUGAGCUACAGUGUAAUUGUGUCUUUCCUUUCACUAAGUAAUUGUGCGAAUAUGGCAUACAGGACUCUGAUCAUUGGCAGAUUGUUUGGGAAGCUGAUUGUAGCAGCGUUGAGUUGAUUGGGUUAGCGAUGCACCCAUUGAUUGAGAAGUCUCGUGUAUUUGUGUGCACACAUCCCUUAACUUCGUACUUAACAUACUGGAGCACUUCCAACCUUCACUCAUUUGAAUGAUGAAACACGUGAAAGGAAACCCAUGUAAAGCACAGAGAUUACUCGUCACCGAAUACCUUAUCUGAUCCCUUGCGUCCCGUCAACUGUGAUACUACUUACUGUCUUUGACGGUCCCCUUGCCAGUAGUAUCACGAGUCCAAGCAAUGUCCAAGAGAUAUCGCCAACUGCUCCCUAUCCCUCCCAACGAAAACUCGCCCCCCAACUCGCAUCCAUCAGGAUCUUCCUCGACUCCACGGUCCUCCAGCGACGAACCUUUGAAGCGGCAACGAAUCGGAACACAACUAGCAUGCAACUCGUGCCGUAAGAGGAAGAUUCGUUGCGACGGAAGAAAGCCCAUGUGCGAGGCUUGUCGACGACGCGGCGAAAAGGCAGCAUGUACCUACGCUGAGACUCAAAGUCCAGGCCAGACGAGUAAGGUAACGGAACAGAUCCUGGGGCUGUUUGACAUUUUGAAGACAGCACCCGAGGCGCAGGCCAUCGAUAUUCUACGAGUCCUACGAAGCCACGCAGAUCUCGAUACAGCUGUGUCGAUAAUCCAAUCGCGGAUGACAAGAAACAUCAGUGACUGUGAACGCUCCCAUGAGCAUCCUCGGUACCUGGGUCUUGAAGCUGAGCUCGUGGCAAGACAUUCUCUCGCGUUUCCCGCGCUUCAACCCCUUGAAUCUAGUAUCUUGAAGAAGUUCUUCAGCGUCAGCCGGGCAUCAUCGAGCACGCAAAACGACAAAAGCCCCCCGACAACCAACAGUGGCUCGAACCCGUUCCCAGCCCAUGAUCCUACCCAGAGCCUGGAACCCCCCCUAAGUUCAUGUGGCGAACGACUAGAAGAACUAGAUAUUGGGUUUUGGACCUCUGUACCAAUCGCCUCCGGCUUGGCAGCAAAAGCCAUAUCACUAUAUCUGGAGACUGACCACCCCUUAUUGGGUCCCUUUGAUCCUACCUUGUUUAUGGAAGAUCUGGUCCAUUGUCGAACCAAAUACUGCAGUAAACUACUGGUCAGUACCAUUAUGUACUGGAGCUGUCAAAUGUACAGUGCGGUCGACUCUACUGUCCAGUCAUUCAUACCACAGUUUUGUGAAGAGGCUGAAAAACGCUGGUCCCUUGAAAAAGCGACAGAUUCUCUGCUAAAUCUUGCUGCAACACAACUGCUGGGCUUAGCAUAUCUGGGUAAUGGAAAGGAUCACUACGUCUUGACGUAUGUAUCUGAAGUGAAUGCCAUGGGCGCUCGUCUGGGGCUUUUUGGCGUCGAGCAAAGCGUUGCGAUUUCGAAAGCAAAGCAAGUGAGCCCAGAUCUACAAAGCGCGACAUCGUAUGCUGCUUGGGGGGCUUUUAACUGGAUAGUGUGGGUUCAGAAAGUCGAGAUCUCAGACAAGAUCUGAUGUUAACGUCCUCAGGCUUAUGGCUUUGUUCUAUCAACAACCUGGCCUCUCGUAUCCCGAGCACCCCCCCUUAGUCCCAAUACCAGGACAUGAAUGGCAUGACCCUUCUGAGCCCAGCCCCGAGUCUCAUCAGCAGAGAUCUAAGCAGACGUACUUGGGGGACACGUUUCCAAUUGUGUGUCGAUUUUGGAGAAUAAUGCACGAGGUGACAUUGAAAUACUAUCGUGACCAGCCUUUCCCGCGCGAAAGCCUCAGCAGUCACAUUGCACUCGCCUUUGCGGAAUACAAAUAUCGAGAGUUGAUAGCUUGGGCGGAAACACUGCCUCCAUCUAUGGUGCGUUCAGAGCAGAGUCCGCAUCAUGUUUUGGUCUUUCAUAUCUGGUUCCAUGUCGCUAUUCUAUGUGUCCUUCGCCCAUUUACAGUUCGUGCGAGGGACUCGCCGAAGCCACUACGGCUGAAAACAUUUCCCUGCAGGCGCAGCUCGCCUGACGCUGCAUACAAGGCAUCCGUGAAUCAGCUCAAGCGUCUUGUGGUGGUAUACCGAGAAAGACACGCAUGUUCAUCUUACACGAUGUUGUGGCAUACUGCUCUGAUCCACAUCGCCAAUGCGAUCCUUGGAGAUACAAAGGAUCCUGCCUGGCGCUUUUACCUAUUCUUCUGUGUCGAAAGUUAUGGAGAACUACGAGGAGCAUUCCGAUUUGCCGAAACCAUCGGUCGUAGCAUAUUGUCCAUGGCGCUUCAGCAAGGCGAUCUAUCCGCAGACGAAGCACGGAGACUAAUGGUGCAGUUUGAGGAGAAUAGGCUGACCAGUCCGUCGGAAGAUAUACGGGCGACUUUCAUGGCUGAUCUGAAUCUUGCCAUGACGGAUCCCGAAGAAGCAAGUGUGGAGAGCCUGUCUGACAGGUUUGAGGACAUUGCACUGUUUCGGGAGUUUACAAAGGCGGGCGACUCAAGCGAGGAUGAGCCGGUAGAGUCUGAUGAUAAUACUUGGGACACAUUGUGAGACGGAGCAUUCAAUGAAUGGAAUGAUCAGCACCAAUGACCAGAAGUGGCUUGUUGAGCAAACCACCACUGGCUCAGAAGCUUCUUGAAUAAGGUACCCUGAACAAGAAACCAGCAAUGGAAUUGGGUUCCGAGUCAAAAAUGAUUAAUAGAAUAAGGCAACACAUUACAAUUGCCGUUGAGCAGGAGAGGGAGAAGAAGAAGGGGAAGUACAAUAAGCAGUACCAGUCGUGCUUUGAACAUGGGACAAUUGGUAACACUGGCGUCUAUAUGACAGUUGAACAAAAGGGAGGAGUUUGCGGCCAGCGUAACGAGGGGAACACCGCUGGACUAAAAGAGUGUAUUUGCGAUAUGAACCUCUAUGUUAGUAGUGCUUUAUUCAGUUCGCCUCGGCUAUGAACAAAUACGGAACGGCUGAUCAGCAUCUGAAUCAACCAUUUCUGGGGAACAAGUGUUUUGAUGGUUGGUACCAUAAACCACAAAAUGCCUGUUUUCGAAAGUCUGGAACCUUGGUCACUUGGAAAUAGAUACCUAGGCAGUCAAUAUCAAUACUCCCAUGGAUUGACCUGGUUUGCGAUGGGUCCAUGGUUCGUCAGACUCGGCCGGUUUACGGGAAAAUCGAUAAACAAACCCUUAGAACAAAAGAGAAAUAGAUUAAUCUACUACCGACAUGAUCCUUCCCGGAUGUUUUAUACAAGCUCUUCUAUGGCGCUUUGAUGCACAGUGUGUUGAAUCAGACAGAGUAUUGAGGAUGGGUAGUAUGUAC